AUGGCUGGUGCCAUUGAGUCUGAAAGCUUUAAGGAGGAACAGCUUCUUAAUAAGAGAGAAACUAUGACCUGGAAGCCCAGAAAAGGUAAGCCUGAAAUGUUAGGGCAAAACAAAGUAGAAUGUUUGCUGAAGAAUAUGCCAAAUGUUCCUGAUAGUGAGUCUGAAGAAAGUGAAUUCUCUGAUACCUCUCACAAUGAAAAUGGUAUCGGCGGCUCUCCUGCUCACUGUGUUCAUGCACAUGCUGACCUGGAAGACUUGGAUGAAGAAGUCUCCACCAUGUCUGUAGCUGUAACUUCUCCAGAGCUGCAAACUGCUGCUGUGCACGACGUGGAGGACUGGGAUAAAGAGCUGGAGGAUUAUAAUCCUUAUGAUGCUGGCGAUUUCCACUGUGGAAGCUUUCAGGAAAAUAAUCCUUUGGCCUCAUACUCAUGGCAGGAGGAUUCGUUUUACAACCCAGGCUGUCAUCAUGCAGCUUCCCUUGCUUUUACACCACCAUUUAGAAUGACUGAGACUGGCCAGUUUGAUGAUGCUGAUGAAUGA